AUGCGAGGGUUCGCUGGGAGAGAGGAGUGGACGAUCAGCUGGAUGAUGGGAUUGACCAACGUCUUGUCUGUUGAUGUGAUGGCUGCGUUGUCGCUGCUCUUCCUCUCUGUGCUCCUCCUGUCCCUCCACACUCCUGGUCGAGCUUCUCCUUCUUGUCCUGUAAGCUGUCGUUGCUACAGCCUCACUGUGGAAUGUGGCUCCACCGGCCUGCAGGGUAUCCCCAAACACAUCCCUACAUCCACACAGACUAUCUUCCUUCAGGACAAUGUGAUUGGUCAGAUCCGUCGACAGGACCUUAGUCUGCUGAGGCACCUGCACUACCUCUACCUGCAGAACAACACCAUCUCAGCAGUGGAGCCUGGCUCUUUUCAGAACCAGGGUCAGUUGUUGGAGCUAGCUCUGAAUGGAAACCGGAUCCACCUAGUUACUGCCGACAUGUUUCACGGACUGGAACAUCUACGCAUUCUUUACCUGGCAGGAAAUGACAUCAUGCGUCUGCUGGACUACACCUUCCGUGGCUUACAGCGUCUGCAAGAGCUCCAUUUGCAGCAUAACAGUAUAGAGAUGUUAGCAGACCAGGCACUAGUUGGUUUGACUUCUCUAGCUCUGCUGGACCUGAGCAGAAAUAAUCUUCACACCAUCGGCCCUGCGUCACUGCGUCCUCUGGUCAGCCUGCAGGUGCUGCGCAUCACAGACAACCCAUGGCGCUGUGACUGUGCUCUUCACUGGCUGAGAAGCUGGAUUGAUGAGGAGGGUCAGCGGCUGCUCAGCUCAGCAGAACGUCGUCUGGUCUGCACUGAGCCACCACGUCUCUCUCACCUCAGCCUGGUGGAGGUUCCUCUAAACAGUCUGGUGUGUAUUCCUCCACUGGUGCAGCUAGAGCCCAGGAGACUAGCUGUGCGCCUAGGAGAGAGCCUCAGAGUGUCCUGCCAUGCCUCUGGUUACCCACGGCCACAGGUGACCUGGAGGAAGGCGUCCCAGGGCAAGGUGGUGCUGUCUCCCAGAGGCCUGGUUCAGGAGCUGGGUGCUGGAGGAGGUGGAGCGGGCGGAGCAGAGGAGCCUUCAGAGGAAGGCAGAGUCAGUCUGCAGAAAACUGAUGAUGAGCGCUUUGACCCUGACACUGGCAGUGGCAUGCUCUUUCUCAGUAAUGUGACUGUGGCUCACGCUGGUUUCUAUGAAUGUGAAGCCUGGAAUGCAGGAGGCAUGGCCAGGGUCACAUUUCAGCUUGCCAUCAACUCAUCAACUUCUUCAUCCUCCUCUUCUUCCUCCAUCUGGGCCUCAUGGUCCCAAGUGUCAUCACCAUACUCACCUGUAUGGCCCCGGCUGAGAAGCCACGGUCCCGCUUUGGACUCAGAUGUGAGCCGGGAGCCACUGUAUGCUCUGGGAAGUAUGGCCUUCAGUGCUCUGGGAGCUGCUACUCAGACUGCUAUUGCUGUGGGCAUCUCCCUGCUGGCUCUGACCGCUCUGCUGCUGGUUGCCAUGAUCUACAGCCGACAUCACCAAAGAGACAAGGAGGCUGACAGAGCUGAGAAGGAGGAGAGCAUCUUGUACGUGAAUGACUACUCUGAUGGUCCGACCACCUUCGCCCAGCUGGAGGAGUACCGUGAUGAGCGUGGCCACGAGAUGUACGUCCUCAACAGGGCCAAGCCUGUGCUGCCUCCUGCCCCACCCACAGCUGUCUCCACCACUAACCUGGGUUGCCCUGCUCCAUCUGACACCUCCAGCCACACCCUCUCCUCUGGGCCGUGCCAGACCAUGAGUCCAACGCUGGCCCCCAACAAACAGCAGAAACAGGAGGGUGACAUACGGACCAUGAGGAGAAUGGCAGGGGAGGGAGGGGAGGCCGAGCCUGUGAUCACAUCAGAAGCAGAAGGGAUGUUUCUUAACCACACAGGCCUGUUCAUGGACUCUCAGAUCGCCUACGAGAUCCACUGCUGA